CAUCCUGCUGCUGGCGCUCCACCUGUGUCUCUUCACUAUGAUCGGCAUGCUGCUGUUUGCUAAAAGCGAGGAUCCGAAGAAGAACGAGGAGUGGAGGUUACAUUUCAGAGACCUGCCCAGUUCUCUCACCUCUCUGCUGGUGCUGCUCACCACAGCCAACAACCCAGAUGUGAUGAUCCCUGCCUACUCCCUGCACAGAGGCUACUCCAUUUUCUUUGUCACCUUCAGUGUGAUUGGAACCUACUACCUGAUGAACUUACUGACAGCCAUCAUCUAUAACCAGUUCAGGGGCUAUUUACUGAUGUCGGUCCAAACGUCCAUCAUCAGGAGACGACUGGGGAUCAGAGCUGCUUUCCAAGUCCUGAGCUGCCAGGGAGCCCAGCAGGCUGCUGAGGAGCAUGUGGCUGUUAAUCUGGUGCUGAAGGUGAUGUCCAGGGUCCAGAUGAAGAGCUACUACAGAGAGGCCAUCACUAAGGAGGCGCAGAAGUAUGCAGAUGUGGGCUACAUGGACCGAGAGCAGUUCAAGAAGAUAUUUGAUGAACUGGACAAAGAUCGCAUUAAGGAG